UCGCCGCAGGAUCGGUCCGGAUGAGGAGGCGAUGGAGGCCAGAGAUGCCAAGGCUUGUGCGGCGGGAGCCUCAGGUCAGACCCCGGGCAGCAGCAGCAGCCACGGGGCUCAGGACAGCAAUGAAGAGAACGACUUCAGACAGGAAUCUAUUCUUGGUGGUAAUGAAGUGAAAAGCACAGCAGUGGUAAAAUACUCCUCUGCCCCACCGCCUGCAUCUUAUGCACGACUCCAAGAAAAAACAGAUCUUAAAUUGCCACCUGCAAAUUGGUUACGUGGAAUCAGUCAGCUUGGAGAGACUGAUUCAACAUCUCUUGGUACUAGCAAGAAGAGCAAACCAUUUUCCAGCUUUGGCAUGGCAUAUGACUUCAUUGACUGCAUUGGGAAUGAUGUUGACGUUGUAUCUGAUUCUGAGAACAUUAAAAAGCUGUUGAAGAUUCCAUAUAGCAAAUCACACGUCAGUAUGGCAGUUCAUCGGAUUGGAAGGACCCUCCUGCUUGAUGAACUAGACAUUCAGGAACUCUUUAUGACCUCAACCCAAACAGGAGACUGGAACUGGUUGAAAGAACUAUACCAAAGACUGGUGGAUCCAAAAUGGCAGAGAAAAAAGAAAAGCAGAGAACACUUUUACCAGAAGGCUAUUCUUUCCAAAUUUUUGUACUAUAGCAUUAAUGGAGAUUGUGGAGCACAAGCAGUUCCAGCUUCAACUCCUAUAGCACAGACCAAUGACCCUCAGGCACAGGCAGCAGAAGUAGAGGAACCUUCAUGGCCAGCACCUCUGGGAACACCGGCUUCUGUCCCUGAAGAAGAAAGCUCCCCAAAACAGGGGAAUGUUCCUCUGGAAGCUACGUAUGUAUUAGAGCAGCUGGCCUCUGCUCCAAAAGAACAAAAUCUGACUACAUUUUUGAAUGAAGGGGAAGACAGUCAGGGUCUUAAAAAUGACUUUGUGAGGAACAUUCUCUGGACAUUUGAAGAUAUUCAUAUGCUUGUGGGUUCAAAUAUGCCCAUUUUUGGGGGCGGAAAAUAUCCAGCUGUGAGCUUAAGACUCAGGGAUAGCAACAAGCCAAUUAACAUACUGACAGGGAUUGACUACUGGUUGGACAAUCUGAUGUGCAAUGUUCCAGAACUUGUCAUGUGUUUUCACGUCAAUGGGAUUGUGCAGAGGUAUGAAAUGAUUAAGACAGAAGACAUCCCCAAAUUGGAUAACUCAAGUUUCUCCACAAAAGUAGUGAAAGAUAUUGCCCAGAAUAUCCUUUCAUUUCUAAAGUCAAACUGUACUAAAGAAGGGCAUACAUACUGGCUUUUUAAAGCAAGUGGAAGUGAUAUUGUAAAACUGUAUGACCUAACAACUCUUUGUGAAGAAGCAACUGAGAAAUACCAAAAUCCCUUCACAAUGCCUGUGGCCGUCUUGCUCUACAAGGUUGCCAGUAAUAUGAUGUUGAAGAAAGUUCAGAACAAGAAACAUUAUGGAAUCAUCAGAACCCUCUUGUUAAAUUGCAUUAAAUUACUAGACAAAGAAAGUCAUCCUCAGUUUAUGCAGAUUGUAGCUUCUGCCAACUAUAUGAUUUCGGAACUAUUUCAAUUGGAUGAACCUCCAAAGCAAUAUGGAAAUGGAUCAUCAACCCCAAAUGAAAACUCUGAUGAUAGCUAUAGUGAAGAAGAGGAGCUUCCGGAGGACAGUGAUGAGAAUGGUUCCUUCAGCAAUGGCUCUGAUCCUCCAGACGACAGCAAAGCUGUUGCUAUCAUUAAAUCUGUUGGCGAGUUGUCUGUACCUGAAAAGUAUAAAUCAACACAUCAGAUAAGGCCUAGCUGUGCUUUUCCAGUUUGUCAUGAUACAGAGGAGCGCUGCAGAGUUGCCCUCAGCUAUGUUCUUGAGGGGCUGAAGUCUGUUGAUGGCAGUAUUAAAAAGGAGAGUGAUCUCCCAGCUGCUGACCCCAAUAUUCCAAUCCCUCUAAAGUAUGCAGAUGAGUCUGAAUGUACAGGCCAGAAAGAUUUGGAGAAUAAUAUUGCCCUGUUUUUAGACAAAGUGGGCCCUGCUCAGGAGAGAGCUAAACUUCCCAGUCGAUCUGGAAUGAUUCCAGAUACAUGGCAGUAUCAGUUGAAACAGAAGUUGAUUCUCAGAGGUUCAAAAGCCUACUUUGUUCUCUCAAAUGCAGCUGUUACUCUGCAGAAAUAUGGAAGAGCAUUAAGAUACAUUAAACUAGCUUUGCAGUGUCUUGAUGCCUAUUGCUGCCUUAUUAACAACUUGUCACCUGAAGUCCUGUUCUUUCUUAGCCAGUGUUUGGCACUUAUUGGUGACAAUCAGUUAAUGUUAGCUCAGAAUGCGAGCAAUAGAGCAGCUUAUCAAGAGGAAUAUGGCUACCAAACUAAAGAGGAUCAAGAAAUUUUACAUAGUCUUCACGGAGAGUCUAGUUGUCAAGCUUUCAUCUGGGCUACAGACCUUUAUACAGAUCUAGAAUACCAGCUUUCAGUUAGCUGCAAAUGUUAUGAAGCAGCAAAUGAACUGCUACAUUCCUGUGAUCAGAAAGACUGUGUUAUGGAGCAGAAUACACAAGUGUUAAAGAGACUUGGCAACAGCAGAAAUGAAGUUGGAGUUUUUUAUAUGAAUCAGGCUGCUGCUGUACAGACUGAGAAAGCAGCAAGCAAAGCCAUAACGACAGUAGAACAAGAACUUUGGAAAAAGAGCUUUUCUUACUUUGAAAAGGGAAUUGUGGACUUUGAAGCUAUACAAGACAAAACCAAUGCUGCCUUGUUGCUUUGCAAUACCGGAAGAUUAAUGAGGCUUUGUGCGCAGGCACAUAGCACAGUUGGAAGUGAUUUCAAACGAAGAGAGUAUUCACCUGAGGAGGCUUUAUAUUACAACAAGGCUGUGGAUUACUACCUGAAAGCGAUGAGAUCACUGAGCAAAAGGGAGAAUCACCCUGCUGUUUGGGAUUCUGUGAACUGGGAGCUGUCAACAACCUAUUUUACCAUGGCAACACUAGAGCAAGAUUAUGCUCCAUUGUCGAGAAAAGCUCAAGAGCAGAUUGAAAAGGAAGUCACAGAUUCCAUGAUGAAAUCCCUAAAGUUCUGUGAUGUACAUACAGAGUCUGCAAGACAACCUCUGUGUCAGUAUAGGGCUGCAACAAUUCAUCAUAGACUUGCUUCAAUGUAUCAUAAUUCUCUUAGAAAUCAGAUUGGUGAUGACCACUUGCGUAAGCAAUACCGCAGUUUGGCUGAACUACAUUACAACAAGGCUGUGAAACUGUUUCAGACAUUGAAAGAUGCAUCUUGUGAGUUGCUCCGAGUUCAGUUAGAACGAGUUGCAUUUGCAGAGUUUCAGAUGGCAAAUCAGAAUAGCAACACUUCAAAACUAAAGACUGUUUCAGGAGCACUGGAUAUAAUGAUAGCUUCUGAGUAUGCAUUUCAGCUUAUCCACUGUGAAGUUGUAUGUGAUUAUGAACAGGAGGGAAUUGAUCAAGAACACCCUAGUGAUGGAAAUGCAUCUGAAAUUGAUUCCUCUUCCAGCCUUAAUAGAGAGGAGCUCCUAAAACUCAUCAACAUAUUUGAGGCGCGCCUCUCCUUUCUCCUAUUACAGCUUAUCAAAUUGUUGACCACCUCUAAAAGAAAAAGCAGCGCCUUUGCCGAUGAUCAAAUGACAUUGAGAAACUACAAGCAUGCUUAUUCAACAUUGCUACGGGCAACAGCAGAAAAGAACAUCCCUUUAGUACAGAGAGUCGAGGUGAUACUCAAUUUACUGAACCAGUUAUCCAAAGCAUCAGCCAGUGAAGCUGGAUCUGUGUGACAUUUUCAGAUGAGUCCCACUGUUCUCAUUAUGAUAAAUAUGAGUUUAUUAUUGACCAGACUUCCUCAUUGAAUUAUGGCAAUCAAAUCCUAACAUUUUACAACUACAAGAGGGUGUUGAAGAAUUAUUUUGUGGCAAAUUUACAAACUUCAGAAAAUUCUACUGUCUUUUGAUAUGCUAGUCUUCUGUGGUCAUAUUGUUCCAUGUAGCCAAUAUUUUACUUGCUAAAAUUGUCUCCAACUAAAUGCAAGGUACAUUUAAAUUGGCUCCUAUUAUGACUACAUAUCACACAUGAAGGUCCCAGAUUUGACACUCCCAUCUCCAACAGGAUGGCAGUGAGUGCUCUACAGUUGGCACCUGCAUCCAUUGGCUAGGAAGGAGAAAAAGAGGUGGAUAUUCAUAAUCCCGAUUAUUGCUAUUUAUUGACUGCUAUUGGAAAGUGCACUUAUGUGGAUGGAAUUGGGCUCAUCUGUGAAGCCUGCAUAAUCAAAAAAAAAUGAUGACAUUCACUACCUGGGCUGUUGCAUGAAGAACGGCAUGAAAUAAUUAGGUUUCACCUCCAUCAAGAGAGGUUGGGAGAUGAUUGUAAGUGAAAAAAAUUAAUGCAAGUCACAAGUGAUGCUGCCUUGUUUUUCUUUUACUUUGUCAAACUAUAUGCAUACAAGUUGAAUUUAUAUGUUUAUUAUUGAAUUGUUCUCGUUGCUGUGUUCAUUGUAAAUACAGGCAAUAAGAAGGAUGUUCCUUCAGUGAAUGCAUUUUUGAUUAGGGAACAACAAAAUAUUCAAUUGAUGCUGUAAAAAAAGACAUUUUUAAAUUUUGGAUUGCAUUUUACUACUCAUUGUGUUUAAGGAGAACAUUCAUAUGUAAAUAAGAUGCAGCCCUGCAUUUCCCUUCAUCUGCAAACAUUGAAGGUGAAGCUUCUAAUCUCCUGCAUCUUUAUGCAUGUGUUCACCCUUGGUAUACAAACUUCGAAAUUGUGCAACAUUAUUUACCAUGGGCUUUAUAUAAGGUUGAAAGCAAAAAACAGACUUUAAAGAUCUCUACAUGUAGAUUAGGAGGGUAAUGGGAAUAUUUUUAAAACUAGUUUUUUUUUCCCCAAUAUAUCAAUACUAAGGUUGACUAUGGAGAAAGCUUGCAAGUAAAUGGAAUUUAAUUGUGCCUUGGUAAAUUUGAACUGGAUUUUAAUACAUCAACAAGUCACACUGAAAAAGAACCAUAUUACAUCCACUCACAUUUUUAUUCUAUUUGCAGUAGCAGCGAAGAAAUAUACAACAAUUUUUGAUAAACAAAAUCCCCAAAAGUGUGAGCUGAAACAUUUCAAGCUCCAUAAUGUAUAUUAUGUAUUAUAAUUGUCAGCCUUUUGGUAUUGUAAAGUUUGUAACUAACAUUAUGUUUAUAAUACUUUUGAAAACAAACGAAAAUGUGCAAUGUUUUCCAGUAGAUAGAAUGGAAUGCAAAAAUUACAGUACAAAUCAGGGUUCAGUUUAUAAAAUUAUUUAUGUGCCCUUAUUAUUGUAAGUUUAAAAGGGCAUCAAAUGUACAAGCACAGAAGCAAUGUGUGUAAGCAUUCUCAGGACCUGGGACUGGUGUGAUCUGCUAAUUAUGUGGAUUGACAAAGAUUGCAGCUUUCUGGUGGUAGUACUAUUGCUUUGUUUUGCUGGAAGUUUUUUUUUGCAUCUUUUUCUGGGUUGGCAUGGAGAAUAUAUUACAAACGAAACGCUUUUCAUUAAAGCUUUUCCUCUUUGUGAAACUUGUCACAAGGAGAAUUCACAUAUUGGUAUUAUUUUAAUCCUUGCAUUUGAUACUAAAGUCUUCUGUCAAUUGCAGAGUGUUUAGUCUGUUUACUUUGAUGCAAGAAAUGGGAAUCUAACUCAGAAUGCUGAGAUUCAAUAUAUGGUGUUUAAAUAUCUGAAUAUUUCCUUUAUAAUUUACUGCAGAAAUGUUCAAGAUCUGAAACCAUUUAUAAAUCAAAAUCUGAAUUUAAUUUUGUUUCCACACGCUCCUUAUAAUAAUCCCUCAAGA